CUUCUCAUCGUUUCCUACCUCGUCCUAGCCCCGUGUCGUGUGAAAUGUCGUGGCUCUGAGCUACCCUCCUCCUCCUCUUCAUCAUCAUCCUCUUCCAUCAUCCUCGUGGUGGUGGUGGUGGUUGUUGUUGUUGGUGGUGGUGGUGGUGUUAAAGAGACAUGGGUCUCCUUGCUACUGCUGCCGUGCAACAACAACAGCUGAUGGUGCUGCUGCUGCUGAUGAUGCCGCUGUUGAAAGGUGGCGCACAAGCGGUUGAGUCGAAUCCGUGUGUGUUUGGAGGGGCCGAUUCAUGCCAGGAAUGUCUGCUGUUGCACCCGGAUUGUGGCUGGUGCCAACAUGAAGAUUUCAGGGGCAGCCCCGCGGGAGGCCUGUCACGCUGUGACCUGGUUCGCCGCCUCCUGCAGGCCGGCUGCCCCGCCGAGCAGAUUGAGGCUCCCAGAAGCCGGCGGUCGAUCACGAAGGAUAUGCCGCUGAGCGAGAAGUUGGACACUGCGGCAGCUGGCGGCGGCGGCGGCGGUUUAGCGGCUGUGGUGCAGCAGUCGCCGCAAGCCGUAACUCUGAAUUUGCGGCCCGGGGACCCCGUGAGCUUUGAAGUUCGGGUUCGCCAAGUGGAAGACUACCCGGUGGACAUCUACUACAUGAUGGACCUGUCUCUGUCCAUGCACGACGACCUGGCCACCAUGCAGCUGCUCGGCUCCCGCUUGGCGGCGGAGAUGGCGGGACUCACCAGCAACCUGCGUCUGGGCUUCGGCUCGUUUGUUGACAAACCGGCCUCUCCCUACGCCUUCUCGGCGCCGGCGUACCUUCACAACCCUUGCGCCGGGUACAAGCGCUUCCCGAAGUGCGUGCCGUCGUUCGGAUUCCGCCACCUGCUCUCGCUCACCGACGAGGUGGACCGCUUCAACGAGGAGGUGAAGCGUCUCAACGUCUCCCGCAACAAGGACGCCCCGGAGGGUGGCUUCGAUGCCAUCAUGCAGGCCGCGGUGUGCGGGGAUCGCAUUGGCUGGCGCAAGGAGGCGUCUCACCUGCUGGUGUUCGCCACCGACGCUGCCUCGCACCUGGCGCUGGACGGCCGGCUCGGUGGGGUCCUGCGGCCCCACGACGGGCACUGCCACCUCGACAACAAUGACAGCUACUCGGCCGCCGACAGCCUGGAUUACCCCUCCCUGGGAUUCCUCGGCGAGAAGUUGGCCGAAAACAACAUCAACUUAAUUUUUGCCGUGACCACCCCAUAUUUUGGUCUGUACAAGAGCUACACGGAGCUUCUGCCGGGUGCCACAGUUGGGAUCCUCGCAAACGACUCCAGCAAUGUCAUCGAGCUCAUCGUAUCCGCGUACAACAAGAUCCGCUCGAAGGUCGAGCUGGAGGUGUACGAGCAGCCGGACGACGUGGUGCUCUCCUUCACGGCCGUGUGCCAGAACGGCACGGUGAGGCCCGGCCAGCGGCAGUGCGGAGGCCUCCGCGUGAGGGACACGGUGAGCUUCACCGUCACGGCGGAGGCGCGUGGAUGCCCCCGCGGCGCCGGGGACGACGGCGCUGGCACCAGCGGCGCCGCCGUGGGCCCCGGCGCGCGUUCCUACGAGCGCAACUUCACGAUCAAGCCCGUGGGCUUCCGCGACAGCCUGCACGUGACGGCGCUGGUGCGGUGCGGCUGCGCUUGCGAGGCGAGCGUCGUGCUCCGCAGCCCGCACUGCUCGGGGGGGUACGGCUCGCUCUCCUGCGGCCUGUGCCGCUGCAACCCCGGCAGGAUCGGGGAGCUGUGCGAGUGCCAGGAGGGAGAGCUGGGACCGUCCGGGAGUGCGCCGGGCUCGGCGUGCCGCAUGAGGGAGCGCAGUUUGCCGUGCAGCGGCCGUGGGGAGUGCGUGUGCGGCCAGUGCCUGUGCCACGCCAGCGAGUUUGGCCGUGUCUCUGGGGCCUUCUGCGAGUGCGACAACUUCUCGUGCCUCCGUCACAAGGGGCUGCUGUGUUCCGGCAACGGGCACUGCGAAUGCGGCGAGUGCCGCUGUGGCCCCGACUGGGUCGGCGAAAGCUGCAACUGCACGACGCGCACGGAGGCCUGCCUGGGCGCCGACGGGCAUCUCUGCAGCGGCCGGGGGCUGUGCUCGUGCGGCCGCUGCGUGUGCACCCAGCCCGGCGCGUUCGGCGACGUCUGCCAGAAGUGUCCCACGUGCCCCGACGCCUGCAGCAUCAAAAAGGAGUGCGUCGAGUGCCGGCUGUUCCAGCGGGGGCGCCUCUGGGAGGACGGCUCGUGUGCGCAGAUGUGCGUCGACGAGAUCCAGCAAGUGGAGACGAUAGAUGAGAGUCACAAGGACGCCGUGACCUGCAGCUACAAGACCCAGGACGAUUGCAUCAUGUCGUUCACUUACACAGAGGACUCGGACGAGAAGUCCGUUCUGGCUGCGCUCAAGGAGCCAGAGUGCGCCCACGGCGUGAGCGAGACCAACGCGGUGCUGUGCGUCGUGGCCGGCGUUCUGCUCGCCGGCGUCGCCGCUCUGCUCGCGUGGAAGCUCAUGGUGACGGUGCAGGACCGGCGCGCUUUCUCGCGCUUCCAGAACGACCGCAUGCACGCCAAGUGGGGCGCGGGCUCCAACCCGCUCUUCCCGAACUCCAACCACUCCGAGGUCUCCUUCCACGGGCUGCCGCUUCCGUCUGGGAAUUGAGGUUUUUUUUUUGGAGAGGUCGGAGGCGACGCGCGGCGGAUCGGAACGCAGACCAACGCCGUGACACGCCCCUUGUAAGCGGGCCAUCUGCCAGGAGACGUUCGCUUGAGGCCGGGUUCAACGAGUUCCUCCUUGUUGGCAACGAGCCGUCGCCUCCAGACAGGCCGGACCGACGUGGACGCCAGCCGAGUGGUGACCGACUCGCGCCCAUCACUCGACUUUUCUCCAUCCCUGCCGAGGCCCCCCACCACCCCCCCCCCCCGCCCGUCGACCUGCCUCUUAAAUGGCAUCUGCCUCGUUAUCCGCCCCCUCCCCCACCCCCUGCCAUGCUUAUACAUCAUUUUUUUUUCACCGUACAACUGAGCUGCACCGGGUGGAUUGGGGGGGGGGGUGGGGCAUGUCCGUCGACGGCUCGUUGUCUCCCACCCAAUGGGCGAGGGGUCGUGCUGUGUUUAAAGAGUCGUCACCGAACGACUGUCACACGCAAUGAAAUGCGUUGUAUGCCCCCACCACCCCUCUCUAACACUCUGGCCCUGCUUGGCCCCGAGCCAGAUUCAGAAGCCUUCUUCGCGAGGCCAAAGUAUCGCGGUGGCUCGACAUGGCAAACGGCCGGUGGGAAGUCCAACCCGUGCCGUUAAAUGCCCACCCCCCCACGCUGGCUUAUCUCGGAUGUGCCAGUGAAAAGUCGGUAUGUAUAUAUAUGUAACGAGUCAUCCCGAAAUCAGCGUAUGAAGUUGCGAUUUUAUUUAGGCAGGCUCACCUUGUCAUUUACAGGCAGUGACCGUCGUCACGGCAGAGGUCGCAAACGGGUUUUGAUUCCUUACCCUACCCGUACCCAGCCGGGUACGGGUAGGGUACGGGUAUCGGGUACAUGAUUGCGACCUCUGGGAUGAAGCCAUGUUGCAGGCGCGGGUGGGUUGAUUCUAGGAACUUGAAUUGUGAGAAGAGACAAGACGUUGGGAAAUGAGUGACAAACGGUGACUCACCAGUGACCCACGGUCUGCCCGUACCCGGCUGCACCAAUGUCGCAAACGGGUACCCGUACCCGGCUGGGUACGGGUACCCGGGUAUCGGGUAGGGUACGGGUAUUGGGUACCCGGUUGCGACAUCUGUGUCACGGUGACCAUCGUCACGGUGACCGCCGUCACGGUGACCGUCAUCACGGUGAUCGUGACUAUUGCCGAAAUGAUUGU